AGAGAGAGAGUGUUUCAAACGCUGCUGAUGAUCUGAGAAGCGCUUCGAUUGAAGCACAUUGAGGCCCCUACAUUUCUAAAAGUUUCCAGGGCCCGUAAGUGUACUGGAUCUUUCUGCUGCUGAAUUUUAACACCGAUAACUUUCUACUGAAGUGGUACAGACACAUUCUUGCAAAUGGCUGAGGAUCGGGGUCAACUAGAUGGUCAGGGGUUCGAUCCCUUUGCUUUUCGAACUGUCGAUGGGCAAGAUUCUGAAUCCCCGAUGGCAUUAGUUGAAUGGGCGAGCAUUGAAAUAUCAAAUGUACAUUCACAGCUGGUGAAGCUGUUUGUUUUGAACGUUUCAAGAGUGUGGCCAGCACGCUUCAGUGUCAGGCAAAGAGCAGCUCCAACAACACGCUCAGCAGCAGAAACCGGCCGAGCAACUUGCAGUCUGGUUUCCCCCCCGAUCGAAAGUACAGAAUUCCCACAAAGACACCGACCGCUUCGGUGUCCCCUCUCCUUAUUUUACACGUCCAAUAGUCAUAUUUAGAUUCCCUCAUUACGUACAACUCACAGGGCUUUUUCCCCCUCUCACAUUUUUUUUUUUUUUUUUUUUUUACUAUUUCGCUCAUCAAAGGGAGGGGCAGCUCCAGAUGUGAACGGAGAGGCCGUGUCUAUUUUGAGUGUUCGGUGUUAGCGUGAGGACAGAGAGAGAGGGAGAGGAGGGACAGAGAGCUGUUUUGACAGUUGUGUUGGAGAGCACUGAACACACACACACACACGCACACACACACACACACACACACACACACCCAUGCAGGUCUCAGUAAUCUUUGCAGAGUGUUGGUUAUACCUUCCAAAAGGAGUUCACGCCCCCUUGAACUGUUUUGGCUGACUUUGUGGUACACUUCUGACAGAGAGGGAGAGAGAGAAGGAGAGAGAGAAGGAGAGGGGAGGGAAGGGGAGGGAGGAGUGUUGCUUGUGGGAGGAGAAGGAGGAGGGAGUGAUCAGGAGGAAGGAGAAGCUCUCUCAGUUUCUGAGAGUCCUGCUUGCUGUAGGCUACAGAAUGAGCGCGGUUGCUUUCCUCUCAGUCUGAGAGGCAACUGCUUCUUUUUCUUUUUCUUUUUUUUUUCUUUUUCUUUUUUUCUUUUUUAAAGUUUUCGUCCUUUCCUCUCCCGAGCCAGACAUCAGUAGGAGUCGCUGCAGAUUCCUCCUCCCUUUUCCUCGCGCGGCACUUUUUUUUUUUUUGUGGACCUCUCUCGCACCCCUCGUGUUGUUAUUUCUGUGCCUGGGAAGUACCAUGCCGGUGGUUGGCGUAGCCUCCAAGCUCAGGCAACCCUCGGCGGUGGGCACCAAGCCAGUGCAUACCGCUCUCCCCAUCCCCAGCGCAGUCAGGGCGGCCGCCUCGCAGGGCUACAUGGCCCGGCAGCAGGAGCUCAGGGCAGGUGAGGGCACCCCGGGGCUCUCCUGCCAGCUGUCAGUCAAGUCUGAGUACCAGCAGGAGAGGACGGCUGAGGGGAAGUCCAGGGCGGCGACAGAGGAGAGCAAGAUCUGCAAGAUCUACACCGACUGGGCCAACCACUACCUGGCCAAGUCCGGCUGUCAGCGCCUCAUCAAGGACCUGAGCCAGGACGUCACCGAUGGAGUCCUGCUGGCACAGAUCAUCCAGAUCAUAGCGAAUGAGAAGGUGGAGGAUAUCAAUGGCAGCCCCAGGAGCCAGUCGCAAAUGAUCGAGAAUGUGGACGCCUGCCUCAGUUUCCUGGACGCCAGAGGAGUGAAUGUACAAGGGCUCUCAGCAGAAGAGAUCAGGAAUGGCAACCUGAAGAGCAUCCUGGGCCUCUUCUUCAUCCUGUCGCGCUACAAGCAGCAGCAGCAGCAGCAGCAGCAGUACUACCAGUCCCUGGUGGAGCUCAGCCAGCAGACCAGCGGCACCGCGCCGUCCAGCAGCAGCCACAAGACGCAAGAGAUGCAGUCCAGUCUCACAGCGCGAUAUGCAAGUCCUCCGGGCCACAGUGGAAUAGGGUCACCGCAGAAGAAAAACACAAGGUUACCAGGCCCCUCUAGAGUACCUGCUGCAGGCAGCGGGGCCUCCAGGAGCCCGGGCUCAUCCAACCUGAACCGUCGCAGCCAGAGCUUCAACAGCAUCGACAAGAGCAAGCCUCUUCAGUAUGCCAGUGGCAACGACAGAGAAUCGGUGAGGGGUAUCCCAGCACCCAGCGGGAUGAAUGGGAGCGGUAUUGGAGGGACGGUCCCCACCAGCCUCAGCGGGCAGCAGCUGGCCUCUGCCAUCCCCUCACCCACCGCCGGCAAGUCCUGGCGCAGCAAGUCCAUGAACCUCAAGCACAGUGCCACUUCGUCCAUGCUGGCAAGCCCCACACACUCACCCUCCCCGACACAUUCACCCCAGGGCUCUGAAGGCCUUCUUCAACACGGAAGCGAUGGAUCAAAAGUAGGGUCAGUCGGCGGCGGUGGACCCCAGAGGUCCAUGCUGGAGAAGUUCCGCCUGAUUAAUCCUAGAUCGGCUUCGCGAGCGUCACCAUCUGUGGCAGAGAUGGCUCUGCAGGAAGAGGAUGACCUGUCAGAGUACGGUGACGAUGGAUUGAUGCCCAUGGGGUCAGUGUGCAUUAGUGGCAGUAGCAGUGCUACAGCCAAACAAAUGCCUACUAAGUCCUCUGCAUCUUCUCUGGCCACACCAGGGAAGACGUCCUCUUCUUCCUCCCCUUCGCCUUCAUUUUCAAAAGCCUCUGCAAAUGGCAGCAGAUCCAUGUCCAAAGUCAAGGAGGACAAAAGCAAGUCUGGGAAAUCUUCUAAGGACAGCUCUCCACCCAAAGAGGAGCAUGAGUCAUAUGCUGACCCCACCAAGAAGACAUCCAAAAUUGCCAGCCUCAUCCCCAAGGGAGGGAAGCCUUCAUCUGGAAAGAAAGAUGGCGUCUCCUCAGCUUCCAGUGGCAUCCCUAAGUCAGGACUUAAAGCUCCCUCCACCACAACGUCCAAGUCUCAGAGUCAGUCGCAGAGCCAAAGCCAGGCCGCCCUAAACAGCAGCGGCAACAUGCGGGGCGGAGAGGUGGAGAGGGCCAAGCUGACCAAAGGAGGGCAGGGUGGGAGUUUCUACAUACAGCGCUCCAUUGGGGGCCCAGAGGGCAAAAGGACCAGCAUGACCUCCUCCACCAGCACCUCAGCCCUAUCUGGGUCCAGUGGGAUGCUGGGAGGAGGUGGUGGAGGGGUUGGAGGAGGGGUUGGAGGAGGAGGAGCAGCACUUGGAGGGAAUGGAGUGGUUCAGCUUCCUCAGCAGCAGCAGCACAACCAUCCCAAUACUGCCACUGUGGCCCCCUUCAUGUACAGGACAUUCUCAGAAAACGACUGCACCAUGGUGGCCCCAGCCGACCCCUGCCUCAGCCCCACCAAGGGAGAGCUGGUCUACAGCAAGACAGCCAAACAGUGCCUGGAGGAGAUAUCAGGAGAGGAUCCUGAGGCGAGACGCAUGAGGACAGUGAAGAACAUCGCUGACCUGCGGCAGAACCUGGAAGAAACCAUGUCCAGUCUACGGGGGACACAGAUCAGCCACAGUACACUAGAAACAACCUUUGACACCACGGUAACCACUGAGGUCAAUGGGCGGAGUCUACCAGCCCUCACCACACGCUCCUCCCCCAUGGCUUGGCGUCUGGGCCAAUCACAAACCCCGCGUCUUCAGGCAGGCGAUGCCCCCUCAAUGCCCAGCAGCUAUGCUGCGCCCAGGGCGAGCACGACGAGCGCUGGCACCACAACAGGCCGCUACAGCGGUCACUCGGACCCCUCCAGGUUUGUGUUCAGCGCCCCCCUGAGGCGAGCAGCAGCAGGGGCAAGGGGGGCGGAGCAGGGGGAGAAGGGAGGAGGAGGGCUGGAAGGAGGGAAGCAGAUGGAGGUGGCAGGGUACAUGAGUGAUGGGGACAUCCUAGGAAAGAACGGCCGGAUGGAUGAGAUCACCAGCGGAUACCUUACAGACGGCGGCCUUCAUCUGUAUGCGCGGAACACAGGCCGAGCGACAGACCAGGCCUCUUCUCGAGAAGUAUCCCAGAGAGGGAGCAAAGAGGUGCAGGGCGACAUAGACAGUUGGGACGACAGCAGCUCAGUGAGCAGCGGCCUGAGCGACACAUUGGACAACAUCAGUACCGAUGAUCUGAACACACCCGCCUACACCGCUGUCAGCUCAUCACGCAAAAGCAAGGGUGCACAGUCCCAGAGAGGAAGCAGGUCCAAGCAUGCCGAGCAGGAGGUGAGCAGCAGCUGGGCCGGAGCCGAGGACCUGAAGAAGGUUGAGGAGGAGCUGGACGCAAGCAUGGACCCCGGCAGCGGCUCCUCCCGCUGGAAGCCUUCCUCAUCCUCCUCUUCCUCUCAAGCCCAGGGCCAGUACGAGGAGGCCGGUCAGAAAGCUGCCGCGCUUGCCCAAAUGUCCCAGACAGGCUCUUGGAGAAGGGGCAUGACAGCCCAGGUGGGCAUCACGCCACCCAGGUCCAAAGGUACCUCUGCUGCCCUCAAAACACCAGGCAAAACUGAUGAUGCUAAGGCCUCUGAGAAGGGCAAGGCGCCUUCCAAGAGUUCAGCUGGCAUCCAGCGCUCACCCUCAGAUGCAGGGAAGAGUAGUGGAGACGAAGGUAAGAAACCUCCCUCUGGCAUUGCACGCCCACCUACCACCGGUUCUUUUGGAUACAAGAAGAUCCCGGGUCCCACUGGUGCCCUAAUCACCUCCAGUGGUGCGACGCUCACCAGUGGCUCAGCCACCCUGGGCAAGGCGCCCAAAUCCUCUGCUGCCCUUGGCAAAGGCACCGGCAUCGGUGGUGUGCGUAAGACCAGCCUGGACGGCUCACAGCCUCAGGAUGAUGGCAUUCUACUUAGCUGCAGUGGCUCUAAAGUGACCCUGCAGUACCGCUCUCUACCCAGACCGGCCAAAUCCUCCAGUGGGGUGGCAGCAGGGCGCAGCGGGCAUCGCUCUAGCUCCAGCAGCAUCGACUCAAACGUCAGCGGCAAGUCAGCCGGAGGGGCAGCGACACCUGCGGGCGCCAAACGCAGGGACGGGAAAAUGGGCUCGGACCGCUCCAGUCCAAUCACCAUUAACCAGACAGACAAGGAGAAAGUGGCGGUGUCAGACCAGGACUCAACAGCAGGACUAUCCACCUCCCCCAAGUCCAGCCCCACGUCCAGCUCCACAGGCCAGUCAGGCCUCAGGCAGCCAGGCUCCAAGUACCCUGACAUUGCCUCCCCGACGUUCCGCAGAUUGUUUGGCACCAAAGCCAGCAGCAAGGCCAGCUCUCCGGGCACGCCCGACUCUGGCAAGUGCCCGUCAUUACUGGGCAGCCCCCACGGCACGCUGGCGAGGCAGGCCAGUCUGGACUCGCCCUCCUCUGGCACGGGGAGCCUGGGCAGCGCCGGCGGCCUGAGUGGUGGCAGCAGCCCACUGUACGGUAAAACCCCAGACCUGUGCACUGACUCCCCGGCCUCCAGUCCGGCCUCUGGCCUCUCCCUGCCCUCCAACGCUCGGCCCUGGCCUGCCUGUAGCUCUUCAGCUGGCAGCAAGGACACACUGAGCUGCCAAAGCAUGACCAGUCUGCACACCAGCUCUGAGUCCAUUGAUCUGCCGCUGGGCCACCACGGGCCCAAGGUCACACGAACCGGCAGUGUCAAGUCCACCCUGUCUGAGGGCAUGCCUCUUGACAGAAAUACGCUUCCCAAAAAGGGACUGAGGUACCCUCCGUCCUCCCGGCAGACAUCUCACGAGGAAGGCAAGGAGUGGUUGAGAUCCCAUUCAACAGGGGGGCUUCAAGACACUGGUAGCCAGUCCCCGCUGUCUCCUCCUGGAGCUUCCUGCACCACCACUGGAAAAUACCACUACUCCAACCUGUUGAGCCCCACCAACAUCAGCCAGUAUAACCUGCCACCAGGCAGCAGCAGCAUGAGCCGUUCCAACAGUAUCCCCGCCCAGGACUCCUUUGACCUGUAUGGAGAGGGUCACCCACUGGGUGGCAGCGCAACCUCCCUGGAGGAUCGACCAAGGGCCAUCAGCCGCUCUGGCUCCUUCAGGGACAGCACUGACGAAGUCCAUGGCUCUUCGUUGUCUCUGGUCUCAAGCACGUCUUCACUUUACUCUGCGACAGAGGAGAAGGCACACUCAGAGGGCCAAACAGUCCAAAAUUCCACGCAAAUCAGAAAGCUGCGUCGGGAGCUGGACGCCUCUCAGGAGAAGGUGGCGACCCUGACGUCUCAGCUGUCUGCCAAUGCUCACCUGGUGGCAGCCUUCGAGAAGAGCCUGAGUAACAUGACCUGCCGCCUGCAGAGCCUCACCAUGACUGCGGAACAAAAGGAGUCUGAAUUGGUUGAGCUGAGGGAGACAAUAGAAACGCUGAAGACCCAGAACACAGACGCCCAGACUGCCAUCCAGGUGGCGCUCAAUGGCCCGGACCACUUACACAAAGACCUGCGGAUUAGACGGCAGCACUCGUCAGAAAGCAUGUCCAGUAUCAACAGUGCAGCCAGUCACUCCAGCAUGGGGAGUCUGGGCAAGGACGCGGAGGACAAAAAGAAGAAGAAGAAGAGUUGGGUGGCUGAUUCCAUCCCGGCUCAGUUACGCAGCUCCUUCAAGCAGGCUUUCAGCAAGAAGAAAACCAAAUCCCAGUCGGCCCAUGACGAGAUGGAGGAGAUGACCGACUCGCUGCCAUCCUCGCCCAAGCUGCAGCACGACAACAGGCAAGGCAGCAUCGCCACGCUGCGCUCGUCGCCCUCCACCACAGAGCUGUGCGAAUGCACCGAAGCAGAGGCUGAAAUUGUCCUCCAGCUGAAGAACGAGCUGAGGGAGAAGGAGCUCAAAUUGACAGACAUCCGUCUGGAGGCGCUUAGCUCCGCCCACCACCUGGACCAGAUCCGAGAGGCCAUGAACCGCAUGCAGAACGAGAUUGAGGCUCUUAAGGCGGAGAACGAUCGUCUCAAGUCCAGCGGUAACGCCACACCAACAGCAACACCCAUCAAGACGGCCCGGCCACCUUCCGAGACCUCCAGCACGUCCUCCUCCUCCUCGCGUCAGUCUUUGGGGCUGUCGCUCAAUAACCUCAACAUCACAGACACCAUCAUGUCAGAUAUUUUGCUAGAUGACAGCUACGAGGGCAAUCUACGCAAAGAAGGCCGGAGUGUGCGGAUAGUGGUUACCAUCAGCAGUGGGCCAAAAACAACCAAGGGCAUACAAACCCAGGAUUACCUGAUUGGAUCCAUAGGUGUGAGUGGCAAAACCAAAUGGGAUGUCCUGGAUGGAGUCAUCCGACGCCUCUUCAAGGAGUAUGUGUUUCGGGUGGACCCUCUGACCAGUCUGGGUCUCAGCUCAGACAGCAUCGUCUGCUACAGGAUGGGCGAGGUGGUCCGCUCCCACGCCUCCGAAGUGCCUGAGCUGCUGCCCUGUGGCUACCUGGUGGGCGACAACAACAUGAUCAAGGUCAACCUCAAAGGUGUGAAGGAGAACAGUAUUGACAGUCUGGUGUUUGACACGUUGAUCCCGAAACCCAUUAUCCAGCGGUACCUCAACCUGCUGAUGGAGCAUCGUCGGAUCAUCCUCUCAGGACCCAGCGGCACCGGCAAGUCCUUCAUGGCUGCCAAGCUGGCAGAGUACAUCAUUUCCCAGAUGGGGCAGGAAGUGACGGAGCACAACGUGGCCAGCUUCAACGUGGACCAGAAUUCCAGCAAGGACCUGCGUCAGUACCUGUCCAACCUGGCAGAACAGUGCAACUCUGAGGAGACGGACACAGAGCUCCCCACUGUGGUCAUCCUGGACAACCUCCACCAUAUCGGCUCCCUCAGUGACAUUUUCAAUGGCUUCCUCAACUGCAAGUACCACAAAUGCCCUUAUGUGAUUGGGACCAUGAACCAGGGAGUGUCCACCUCUCCUAACCUUGAGCUACACCACAACUUCAGGUGGGUGCUGUGCACCAACCACACUGAGCCGGUCAAAGGUUUCCUGGGCCGUUUCUUGCGGCGGAAGCUGAUAGAGACAGAGAUCGAUAAGAACAUGCGCAGCAAUGACCUGAUUAAGAUCAUCGACUGGAUCCCCAAGACAUGGCAGCACCUCAACGGCUUCCUAGAGGCACACAGUUCCUCCGAUGUCACCAUAGGCCCCCGUCUCUUUCUGUCCUGUCCCAUGGAUGUGGAAGGCUCUCGGGUUUGGUUCACUGAUCUGUGGAACUACUCCCUGGUGCCCUACCUCCUGGAGGCUGUCAGGGAAGGGCUUCAGCUCUACGGCAAAAGGGCAGCGUGGGAGGAUCCAUCCAAGUGGGUGAACGACACGUAUCCAUGGAACGCCGCCUCGCUGCAGCAGGAGGGCCAGUCGCUGCUCCAACUAAGGCCGGAGGACGUGGGAUACGACGGCUACAGCUCAUCCAAGGAGGGAGCCUCAUCCAAGCAGGUGUCUCAGAGUGACACCGAGGGAGACCCACUGAUGAACAUGCUGCUACGGCUGCAGGAGGCCGCCAACUACUCCAGCACGCAGAGCUGCGACAGCGACAGCACCAGUCACCAUGACGACCAGCUGGACUCCUCGCUCGAGUCGGCACUAUGAGACCAAGAAUCACGCUGGGAGACGCCGAACACUCAGACCGCCCGGGGGCCUUUGAGCCCCCGUCGCUCGCAGCCUCCGCUGUGGUGCACAGAUGUGCGAUAUAUGAAAAGUUUUAUCAUCCAAAAUGGCAUACCCACCAUUUGAAAGAAGACACAUUAUUUUUACAUAACGAUGGUGCAAUAUUAAGUAAAAUUAUUGUAUGUUAUCAAGAGCCAACUUGGUCCUCAGUGGUUAAAAUUAUAAACAAUCAUACAAGUUGGAUCUGUUAUAUUAAAUAGUGAGGAUUUCAAUGGAGGUGUAACAUUUUAGAAUACAACUUUUCAUAUCAGGGACAGUCGUUCCGGUGAGUUCAAGGACUCAAUCACGUCUGUACUCAGCCACGAUGAGCCACAGAUCGCUCCAUCAUUCUAACUGUGGGCGUCGAUCCCACGAAGUGUCAGAACAAAAGAGAAAGCCGAGAGUUAGACGUGACAAAACUGGAUUUUUCUUUUCUUUUUUUUAAAAUCCCAGAUGUAUCUUAAUAUGUUUACAGUGGGUGGCAAGGUUCUAUUGUUUAUGUCUUUCCUUGUUUACAGAGGUGCUUCUCACACACACACACACACACACACACACACACACACACACACACACACUCAUCCACUCAUACAAAUGCACUUACAAACAGGCAGCAGGAGGACACUGUCCUUUUAAUCAGAGGCUUUAAUUAGUUCAAACGCCCAUGUGACCAAUAAUCCAGCCAACCAAAGUGUCCUUGUGCAAGGCACAAUUUACACCACCUGGGACCCUGAUUCUAACCCACCUAUUGCCGGUGGCAAGUAGAACAAUACGAAAUGAGUGUUUUCCAGUGAUGGAACGCCCUCUGCUGGUCACAAUGGAGGCUCGCAGCUUUCAGAAAACAGAUUUUCUCACCACACGAAUGGUGAUUCAUCACAGAUCCAUUCAGUUCGUGCUUCAGUAAUGUCUGACAAAGUCAUCAGUCAGCUGUUUAACCGAGCUGGUUCCUCACAAGUUACUUUUUUAGAGUGUGGGACUAAGGGACACUUUUUAGUCUCAUAAUUUAGCACUGCAUCACCUUAUUGAUGCGUUUGAUUUGAGACAUUUGUAAUGCCUCUACAGCCCCACUAGGAUCACAAGAAUGACAUUUUCACGACAUGCACAUACGGCUCACAGCCCGUCAGUUGGGCCCCAUGGUGCUGGUCUCCUGCCCUGAGCCUCCUCAGUGUCAGGCACUGCCAAGCCGCUCCUCGCUGCCCUGCAUGCCAACAACAAGCACAACGAAAGCGCAUUGUCUGUGUGUCAUCCAGCCACAUUGCUACUGUGAAGGAAAAAAAAUGGUGCCAACGGUUCCCUUUGAUUUACUGCCAAACGUGCACACACACACACACUCCGUACACUCACAGAGACUUUACACCACAAUGCACAGCUGACCAUGGUUGUAAACUUAAUCUUAAGUUGCUCUUGGCCUUCCACACUCCACAGCCUGUUGUCACUCCUUAGCUUCAAAAUGCUCCAUGAGAACAGCAGGCAGCGCCGUCUGUCGGUCAUCGAUCUGUUGACCGUUUGCUAAACCCCUCCAUUCGAGUGACCAAUCAUUAGCAACUGUAACUCGGUACAGCGCGUCUGUCAAGCUUUGGAUUUGUCAUAUGCUAAAGAGGUGUGCUUGGACAUGUGGUCUGAGGGAUACUCAUUAUUUACAGAGUUUGGUGGGCUCUGUCUUUGUUGCCCUUUCCAAAACUAAAAAACACAAAAGUAUAAGAAAUAGGUCGAAUAGCAGCCGGACAGAGUUAUGUUAAAAUUAAAUAUCAGUCCAAGACUGUCCAUCUCAGCACAGGUGAGACUGAACGAUCGUAGAAAUGUUACAGGAACACCAGGCAUCAGUGUGUCCCUACGAUCCUCUUCUAAGACAACAUGUUGCUACUUAUCACUUUGAUCAUGAUGAUGACACUACUUCAUAGAUUAAAAAGGCUACAACAUAGUCAAGUAUUGAGUGUUUACAGUAUAUAAGUUAGAGAAUAUUGUAAAUGCAAGAUGAGAUUUUACAGAAGGGCCAUAAAAGAUCAUUCAGUUCAGCAGAGCAGUCUAACAUGUACAGCUAAACAACCCCUCUGGCUCUGAGCUCUCUGCUAACAGGGGACGGUAAUUUUGCCAACAAGAGCAUAUUUGAAACCCUUUCAUGAGAUUGUUAUAAAUGAGUCGGCAGGAAAUAUCAAAAAGUCAGCCAGAGACUGCAUUUCCAGCCACCUCAUGGAGCUAACGUUAGCUUCAUUAGUUGGGUAGUUAAAGCUGAUCAAAUGUGCCAGCAGCUGUUGUCAUUUCAGCAGACAACCCUGAAGCCGUCAGCUAGAAACUGGAGGCCUGCUUUUGUUAACUUCCCUCUAAAAUCAGGCACCUAUUGUUUCAAAAUGACAGUGGCAGAUAUGUCAUUGUUGAAAAUGGGAGGAUGGGAAGCCUGACAGCUGCAGCGGUUAACAGUUACCGAGAGAAGGGGGGGAGGGUUUAGCAAACCGUCGACUGCAAAAAGCUGAAUUCCUGUGAAGUUUGCAUUGAACUGCAUGGAGAACAGCAACAGGGAAAUGCAGAAUGUAACAGGAAUGCAGCAGACCAACAACUAAAAAAUAAUGCGGUGGUUUUCACUCCAGCAGAUUGGAAUCAGGCUUUGACACUAACCAAUCGACAAAUGAUCAGUAAUAUUGAAUUGAAUGAUGCAAGCCGACAUUUGAUAGUCUAGUCAAGCGUCUCCAUGCGGUACCAAAAACAAGCCAAUGUAUUUUCUAACGCAAGUGAACCAGAUCAGCCACAGAGCUGACUAAGGGAACAAUGAUCCUGGUGCUUUCUCACUGCCUUAAAUGCGCAAAAGUUUGGGAGGCGUCCUCUGCUCCCAUUGGCUAUAGUGAGAAGAGGAUAGUGGAUGAUGAUGAUGAUGAUGACGAUCUGCUUCCUGCUACAUCCAAGAGGCUGCUUGUUGUCAUGAAAACAGCCUCUUUCUUUUUGUUUUUUGUUUUUUUUUCUCUUUUUUUAUCCCUCUUCCUCCAAACCGCCCUUUCUUGUUUCUGACAGUUAAAAGUAUAAAAGAGUUGAUGCUGUAUUUGAAUUUAAAACUGACCAAUAUUGUAAAAACAGUUUUAAAAAAAAAGGGGAUGGGGUAUUUUUUAGUUGUUUUCUCGCCCAGUUGAGCUGGGCUCACUUGAACUGACAGGAGCACAACCAAACUGUUUUGGGUUUUCUAGCCUGACGAGCAUGUUUUGAAGCUUUUUAAAAAGGGGGAUGCAUUGAGAAGAGACCUUUAUCGUUAUGUAUGCGUGUAUUGGACGGAAGCCAUUUUGAAUUUUGAUUGUCCUCUCUUUGUUUAACGAGUGGGUUGGUUUUGCACACUUUGAGGUGGGGGUGGGUUGUAAAUACUUAAGUCUUGCACAGUGAAUCAAAGAUGCAUUCUGCCCUGUUGAUGUUACAAUAUGCUUAACCCGCUGAGUAAAUUAUUGUACUUUGAAAACAGAGAGAAAAAAAAAAAGAAAUGCAAAAACUCAACACGCUGUCAGAAACAGGUGUGUGUCUUGUGGUGAUUGGAUGUUUUGGCCUAUGCAGGAGGCAUAACGGUGUACAGUAAGAAACUGUUUUUUAAAUUCACUAAAAUCACAGACUCAGAACAAAAAAUAGGCACUUUUCCGGUCCCCCCCCCCUCCCCCCAUCCUGCCAUAAUACUCUCUGGAUCCUCUCCGUGUCUUGGAAUGCCUGUUGUUUCCUUUAGAAGCACUUCCUCUCUGGACAUUUUAACCCAACCGCCACGUUAGGCUCGCCAGCUGUUCGAGGCACCGAAGCUGACCUGACACCGUACUGUAUACAUAUACCAACAACCAACAGGUGCUACUGGUCAGUCAGAAACCCACCAGAGACCAAGAAGUCAAGUUGUCAUAACCUCAGGACAAUCCUAUCCUCUACAAUCCUACCUGUGUUCAGCUUCAUAGGUGUCUCUGCAGCUAAAGCCGCUGAUGGCUGCAUAUAUGUCUGGCCAACUUGGCCAGCCUCGUGUCUGCAAGGGUAUGAACUUGCAUGAAAAGGGUGUGGUCGCCGUGUAAGAGGUUGCUCUUUUGCUACGGCUACACCCAUGUAUCAAACCUGAGCGUAGAUCAACAGCGAUUCACCUUCUCGGCUACUCUACACUCCUGUUGUAGGCCAUUAGUUCCCGCGUUAGCAGAGCGUUAACACCGUUAACAGUGUACACCAUAGUCUUGAUGAUCAACUGGUAAUUUUUCACCACUUUACACUUUGCAGUUACAUCUCAGUUGAAAACCAUAGCAUUUACUCUGGUUUGAGAGAAAGUUUUCUUCUUUUUGGGUGAAACAUUUGUCCUUAAAUGUUUUAUAUUUUGUACAUUUGUAUGUAACAUAUCAUGUAAAUAGACAGAGACAGUGAUUUAACUCAUCUGGAGGAUUUUGUAGUCUUUGUAAAGCCCUAAUAAAUGGUAUUUGGUGUCACACGAGCAAACAACACGCUGA